AUGGGAGGCCUUGGCGUGGGUAACAUAUUGCAUAAAAACCUCAUCCUCUUGUUCAAAUGGUGGUGGCGUUUCUCUGAGUCUGACAAUACACUGUGGAAAAGAAUCAUCAAAUCUGUUCAUGAUAUUAAGGGGGACAAGGCCUCCAUGGAUACUUUCAGGAAUAUCAAGACAGGCACAUGGUCUUCCUUGACAUGCAAUGAACCAGACAUUGUCAAAGUGAGAUCGAUUCUUGAAGAUGGGAUGGUAUUAAGGGUAGGAGAUUGUAGCUCAAUUCAAUUCUGGCAUGACAGAUGGUGUGAAGCAGGGGUCCUCAAAAGUAUCUUCCCAAGAUUGUUUGCAAUAUCGCUUCAAAAGAACUCUGAAAUAAGUCAUAUGGGAGAAUGGGCUGGAAGCACUUGGUGUUGGAAAUUAGAUUGGCGACGCCCGUUGUAUGAUUGGGAAUCGGAAGAGGUGCGUGUGCUGCAUCAAAUCAUUGCACAAAAUGGGCCGAAGCGCUACAGGGAAGACGGGUUACUGUGGAAAAACGCAGAAGUGGCAGCAUACCCUACGAAAUACAUCAAGGACAAAUUCAAUGAAUCUCUUGGUUCAUCUCUACCGAAAAACAUCCUAUCCAUAGUUUGGCAAAAAUUUAUACCUCCACGAGCAAAACUAACACUGUGGCUGGCAAAUAAGGAGAAGCUGAAAACAGCAGACUACCUUGUGGAAAAAGGAAUCAUUGCCCCGCAGAACGCAUGGUGUCCAUUUUGUAGAUCUGAAUUAGAAUCAAAUUCUCACAUUCUUUUUACUUGCAGAUUUGCCUGGAGAUCGUGGAUGGAAAUUCUUAAAUGGUGGGGACUCUCUGCUUCUCUCCAUUCAAAGUUUCCCGAUUUCAGCACCCAGUGGCUAGGUUUGGUGAAUGUACGGGAACAUAAAGACAUCUGGGCUCUCACUCUAGGAUGUGUCAUCUGGUCGUUAUGGUAUGAAAGGAACAAGAUAAAGUUCGAAAGUAAAACCCCCAAUCUUCAAAAUUUUGUAACGUCGCUGAAAAUCAGAAUUGGAAUUUGGGCGAAGGAAAUUAUGGGCUCAUCUACCUAUACACCAAAUGUGAUAUAUAAUGCAGACACUUUCAUCUUGCAGACAUAA